UUUACAGACCGAGAUGAAUGUGUGGUCAGCAAUGGCGGCUGUUCGCACCACUGUGCCAACAGCGCUGGAAGCUUCCGCUGCUUCUGCCACCCUGGCUUCCAGCUUGCAGAUGACAUGGUCACCUGCCAAGACAUAGAUGAGUGCAAACUUCCUGUGGGCGUGGCCACGUGUCUUUUUGGCUGUGUUAAUACACCAGGUAGCUAUCGAUGCUAUUGCCCCGAGGGGUACCAACUGGGGGCCUUGGACGGACACUGCCAAGAUAUCGACGAGUGUGCCGAGAAUGGUGGGCGGGGUCUAUGUGCCAUGGCGUGCCACAACAUGCCCGGCUCCUUCCGCUGCUCCUGUGCCUACGGCUACCAGCUGGCAGGUGAUGGGCGCUCAUGUGUGGCCGAGUGUCCCGCCGGGUACCGCAAGCAGCUAGAUGGCGCCACUGCUGUGGGGAGCCCCGAGACACAUUGUGUCGACAUUGACGAGUGCCAGGAAGUGCACAGGUGCGAGUGGAAAUGCGCGAACCUGCCCGGGUCCCACCGCUGUAUCUGCCCACGGGGGUACAGGCUCGACUCGGACGGCUAUCACUGUACGGAUGUCAACGAGUGCGUGUCUGAGAACGGGGGCUGUUCUCACACUUGUAUCAACUACAGAGGUGGCUACAAAUGUGCCUGUCCAGAAUUCCACCGCUUGUCUCCAUUCAGCAAAAAAUGGUGCCAGCCCACCGAUUAGGGGCACGCAGAUGGUUUGUAUGUACAAUGUUAAGCUUAAUUUGUAUAAUUCUGUUGUAGUUUGUAUCCACUUUUUCACAUAUAUUACCAUGUAAUUUUACCUCUAAAGCUAACUACAUGAUGUAGUGUUUUCUUGAAUCCAGACCAAAGCCAAAAGUUAGAUGGGAUUAGAUGACUUGCAUAAAAAGUUACAGUAAAAAAAAAAAAAAAAAAAAUAUUUUCUCCUAGUGAUCUGGAUUUAUUUUUCCGACACUGUGUUGCCAAGCAACCAGAAAUACUGCUCAUGGGAAACAUCAUUAACAGAAGUUAAACUAGGCAGUCUAGCGAUGAAUGAUGUCAUUGUAGUGCACACAACCGAUGCUGUAAAUAUCCCAGUGAAUAACAAUGCUUCAGUUCUUUCAAAAGUAUUUAUGUAUAUAAAUACAUUAAUAAGGAGUAAAGUUAUCCAGUUCAAUUUUUGGUUUUAUGCUUAGACUUGUUUAAAUAAAAUGUGAAACUGG